UUAAAUGAGACUUCUUCUGAGGAUCUCCAUUUAUGAAGGGGAAAAAUAUUUUUGACAAGAAGCAUUGGUAUUUUUGCAAUUUUUUUUUCUUUGGUAGCAACUGUGACAUUACUUCACUCUUCCUUUCUCUCUCUACAACUUCGUUCUCCGAUCAGAUUCUCUGUUUCUCUCUCUAUAAUCAGUUUCUAGAAGGAAAAUGUCGAAGUUAAUGCCGCAUCUGGACGACCGAAGUAGGAAGACGCUUAACCUCACUGUCCUACAGAGAAUCGAUGCGUGUAUUGAGGAGAUCCUCUUCACCGCUGCUCAUGUCACCUUGUACGACUUCAACGGCGACCUUAACCAAUGGAGCCGCAAGGAGGUUGAAGGUUCUUUCUUUGUAGUUAAGAGGAAUUCUCAACCAAGGUUCCAGUUUAUUGUUAUGAACCGGAGGAAUACAGAAAAUAUGGUGGAAGAUCUCUUGGGAGACUUUGAGUUUGAGGUUCAAGUUCCAUAUCUGUUGUAUCGCAAUGCAGCCCAAGAAGUCAAUGGUAUCUGGUUCUAUAAUGCACAUGAAUGUGAGGAGGUUGCAGAUCUGUUUGGCAGAAUUUUAGGUGCAUACUCAAAGGUUCCCUUGAAGCCACAGUUAAGAAAAAGUGAGUUUACAGAACAUGAAGCGGUCCCGAUGAGUACAGUAAUAGAAGGGCCAUUUGGACAAGCAUUUACCACCUCAACCAUUGGGGAUGGUGCUGAUGAUUCUUCCUUUAUGAACUUCUUCAAUACUGCUGCAAGUAGUGGGCAUACCUCUUCAAAUGUUGUGAACUCUGGACAGCCAUAUCAUUCUCCAGCUCAAACUGUUGAUCUAUCACCCCAAGUUCCAACUCUCCUACCAUCUCCUGCUCCAACUUUGCAAGUCUCAUUACCUGUUCAGUCAGCUCCAUCACUUCCUACACAGUUGCCCCGUGAUUCUGCUAACCAAAUCAAUAAUACCAAUCACCCUGCAAAUCUUGUGAAGCCUUCUUUCUUUACACCUCCUGCAUCACCUGUAUUGGUGACAACUCCUGUCUCUUCAGCUAUAUUAACUCCUGCUCCUUAUCCUCCUGUGGAUCCACAACCCCGACAUGGCACACCUCUAGUUCAACCCUUUCCACCACCUACACCACCUCCAUUUCUCACUUCUACUCAGAUUCCUCCAAAUAGUGGACCACUGAGCAGAGAGAAAGUUCAUGACGCACUGCUAAUGCUUGUUCAGGACAAUCAGUUUAUCGACUUGGUCUACCAAGCUUUGUUUAAAGUCCAUCAAUCAUAAUUGCUUGAAAAACUGUGGUGAUUGUGUAGAUUGUAGACCAUGUAUAAGUAUCGUGUAUAUUGCUUCUCUAUCACCACGUAUACCAUGAAAUAUGUAGUGUGUUGUGCUGAAGAUAGUCUUCAUUUCACCUCACGAGGAGACUGACUAAUCCUAUGACUUGAUGUAAAAAUGAAACUAGACAAUCAUCCUUCACAAUUAGGAACCAUUUUAUAUUGACGAUGGCAGGCAUUUACAAUGUUUCUGCUACUCUAUUAUGGAGGUUGGAUAGGGUGUGGUGAAUGUCUUGGUUUUAGUUAACAUUCAAUUCUGAAUUAAGGUGUAUACACCAGUAAAAUAUUAUCCGAUA